GACGCUUUCAGCUCCAGUGGGUUUUUGCAGGAGUGGAUCACCACUGGCUGUGGACCAGUCCUUCAGUCACUUUUGGAGUUUGGGUCAUUGUUGGAGUAGAGACGACAUCAGCUGUGAAGGUGACGCCGUAAAUAAACAUGCUGGUCGGGUGGUGGCGGGACCUGUUUGCUGUCAUUUAGAUGACGGACGAGACAAAACGUGGCAGCCUCGGUGGAGAAGCACCCACCUGGAAAACGUCUGAACCACCUCAGUCAUUUCUGCUCUGAAGCUUCCUCUGGCAUGAACCUUCAGAGGAACUGGGAAACGUAGUGUUUCAGAAGAACUAGGAUCUCCAAAGUCUGGGUUCCUGCAUUUGGAAAGGAAAUGGAAGGCAGCAGGAAAAGAUCCAAUGUUUUGACAAAGGUCAGUGCUUUGAUGACUGAGCAUCCAGAGGGGGUUCCUCUGAAGACUGUAACCAUAAAGUACAGCCAGAAAUACCAUCAGAACUUGAGGCUAUCUGAUCUGGGUUUCAAAACUAUUUCUUGCCUCGUAAAAUUCCUGGAAGAUGAUCUGGUGAUUUGUGAGGACAGAGUUUUCCAUAAGAUGCACUUUCCUCAGAAGGAUCUUCAUGAAGGGCCGCUAACAAACACUCAGGAGGGCCACGGACCUGCUGGCUUGAAGAUACCACAGUCUGCUGGCUCUGAUAAUCGUCAAGGCGUUCCCCCAAGUGCAUUAGGCUCCUCCUCCACGUGUUCUCCUGGAACAGAGCCCCUUACCAGAUCCAGACCAGAGGAACAAGCGACCCUAAAGCCGACCACACCAGAGAUAACCAGAACUGUCUUCCAGCGGAAAAAGAAGAAGAAGAAGAACCAGCGGACCGUUCCGUCAUCGGAGCCGGUCCGUACCGACAACUUUCAGCAGUUUGGUGAAGAGUUUCCUCUGCUGCAGAACACGCCUGUUCACGACUCACCGGACCCGAAGGAGGCGUCUGCUCGGCCUGAGGCAGCAGCCAAGGACACGCCUCUGAGGACAACCUCAGAGCAAGAGGCCGCGGCCGCUACAAACCCCAGCACAGAGGAAAGAAGCCGGGCUAAAGGAGGCCACAGCUCAGAGGCAUAUUAUGCCCAGCUGAGAGAAGUGCACGGCUGUAACAUGCGGGCCUUGGAGGCCAUAGAAGCGUUUCCAUGGAGAAGGACCAACAGAGCUGCCGACCCCGACACCAUCAACAGUCUGGCCGAGAGCGUGAUGCGAGACAUCGCUGCCGACGGAGACCUGGUCACCAAACAAAGGGUCGUAUUCAAGAUGCUGACAGUAAUUCCAUCUUUAGACCCCAAUCAGCUGACGCCAAGGGUCCUUCCAGCCCUGAACUCCCUGCAGUACCUCACAAAGGAGAUCAACUUGUUCAUAGAGGCCACCGAGGCAGUGUCAUGCAUCUGCACCCUGUACGAGCUGGGCCAGGCUCUCGCUGCCCUGAAAAACAAGAAGCAUUACGAGGAGCUGAACCUGGGACCUCUGUGCAAACUCCCCGUAAUCUACCGCAUGUUCAAGAUGGACAGUAACACCAAAGACGACGACAUCCCCAAGAUCCGGACCGUCGACAUUUUAAAGCAACUCUACUAUUUCAGAAAAAGCCAGAAACAACCAAAGUUAGAUUUGGCCGAGUUUAUGAAGCAUUUGGCCGAUCACUAUGACUGUGAACUUCCUUACAAGCUGGGAAUCCGGAUCAGCAGCUUUGGUCUGCCCAUAGCAACUGUUUCCAGAGUGGCUCGCAAUGAACGCACCAUGCUGGAGCAGUGCCGAGAGGUCAUCCAGAAGGAGCUGGAGCAGGAGGCGCUGGAACGUCUGAGGAAGAUCAAGGACAGCGUCUUUAAGCCCCUGCAUAGCCCUGGCUCCUUCUCCACCAUAAACAUGGAUGUCAGAAAGAAGUAUACCUCCAUGACGGCGGCUGAAGUGGUGCUGGCGGUCCUCUCUAACGCCAGCACAGUGUUCAGCCCCAAGAUGGCUAAGCACCUUGAAAGCUUCCUGAUAAAGGUGUCAGAUGAUCGCCUGGCAAAAGCUCUGUUUCAGCUGGCCAUCUGCGGCGGCUCCCUGGCUGCCCCCCAGGACCUGGUGCCCAAGGAGAAAACCCCCAAAAAGACAGAAAGAAGCCAGGAUGCGGACAGAGAUGUCCCGGACCUCCCCAGUGAAGCCAAGGUGAAGGAGUUUGUCAGAGAAAACCUGAGGAGUCAGAACUCAGCCGUCACUCUGGCCCACAUCGCUGCCCUGGAGAGGAAGCUGACCAAACACUUCCAGAUCCCACAUUUCCUCUCUUUAGAGCGAGGAACCUUCCUGGAGUUCCUGGUGAAAAACAUUCAGCUGCUGCAGGAAUCUCUGGGAUCGCUUCUGUUCCUGGAAAACAACAAGAAUCUGGCUGGAUGUGGCUUCAGACCCAGCAAACAAGACGUAUUUGAGUUCAUCCAGCAGUGUGGCAGCAUGACCCCCUCUGACCCUGAUGAACUGUGUGGCAUGGAGUCAGCUCUCAGGGCUCACUAUGGCGUCCGGGACAGUCGGGACCUGGGCUACGGCCCCCUCCCAACGCUGGCUGGGCUUGUCCAACGGCAGAGGGAGCUCGGCGGCCGAGGGGUGAGCCUAAUCUGCUAUGAGUCAGCUGUGGUGUCCAAACACAGAAACCAAAGCACUGAAAGUGGGUCUGAGUCAGUGGGACGUCUAGGUGAUAUGUCCAAAGGUCAGGCCCUCGCUAGUUUACUAUGCUGCCCCCUGCUGGAGGACUUGAGUGAAUGGAGCCAAUGGGAUUUUGUCUUCAAGCCCCUUCAUGGGCCCCUGAAGGACUUCAUAGAAAGAAAUGCAGCGAAUACAGGGCUGGCAGCGUUGGAGGUGAGACCAGGCCUGCUGCUCAAGAUCACCACCAACACAGGAGACAAGCACUUCUUCAGGGCGGUCGCCGCCCUCGACCCUGUCGGCACCGCUGGCCACCUGGUGUCCAUGGUGGUCGCAGACGGAGUCAGCAAUGCCCCUACAGCCCUCCUGGCCAAUCACAUGCAGAGCGCUCUGGCAGGGGCCAUGGCCAAAGAAGAUCUGUCCCAGGCUGAAGAGGACAUUUCCUGCUACAGCAGGGUGGCAAAGUUUCUGCUGGACUGUUUGAUCCGAAUCCCCACCAGAACCUGUCAGGCUCUUCUGCAGAAGGUGUUCUUGGAGCCAUUCUCGCUCGUAUUGGGUCAAGCAAAGUCCAAGCAGGUCCUGAUCCGCACGGCUCAGUCUGACCUAAGACACCUGAACUGCCUGCACCGAUUGGGCAUUCUCACUGGAGUGACAGACUGGAUCAGAGACUACCAGAACAAGCUCCACCCACCUCAGAACCACAACAUGUACACAGAAAACAUGGACCGGGUCAAGUCCAAUUUAGCAGAUUCCAACAGCAGCAGUCUGUCAGCUCUCAACGCCAGUGAACACGAGUCGGCUGAGGAAGACGUGACAGACUCUUCAUCCUCACAUUCUAAACUAGACCUCCGACCAGAUUUGGACUCUGAGGAAGAGGAGGAUGAGGAGGAGAUGUAUGAGCUGGUCUCAUGUGCUAAUGAAGCCUCAAACAGCAGUGAAGCUGAGGGGGAGGAAGGUGAAGCUGCUGAUGAAGACGAGGAGAAGAAGGCCGGGCUCCAGUCAGAGAGCCCGCUCUGUUUCCAGAAGGCCGUCAUCGAGGACAUCAGGAAAAGCGAGUUUGGCAUCGGGGUGGAGCUGUCCGCAGAGGGCCGGAGGCUGAUGGAGGUCCAGCAGGAGCGGCUGGGCCGGGGCCUGGACCGCCUCUCCACAGAGCUCUACAGCAAAGACACGCACUUUGUCCUGGAGCUCAUCCAGAACGCUGACGACAACAGCUAUUCGUCUGAGACCAGCGUCCCGUCGCUGGCCUUCGUGGUGGAACAGGACUGCAUCACCAUCCUGAACAACGAGAGCGGCUUCCAGGAGAAGAACGUCCGAGCCAUCUGUGACGUGGGCCGCAGCACCAAGGGCAAGCACAAGUACGGAUACAUUGGACAAAAGGGCAUCGGCUUUAAGUCUGUGUUUAAGGUGACUGACUGUCCCGAGAUCCACUCCAACGGCUUCCACCUGCGCUUCGACCGGAGCUGUGGCCCCAUGGGAUACAUCCUCCCCCACUGGGCCGAGGACGACAGGCCUCUGGACCCCCAGCUUCAGCUCCUCCGUCAGCACGGCUGGACCACCAAAAUACGGCUUCCUCUGCGCUCGGAGAGCCGUCAGACCAGGAACUUGUUUCAUGACGUGCACCCCUCUCUGCUGCUCUUCCUGCACCGCCUUCGGUCCAUCAGCAUCUACAACCACAGCGAGAAACGCCUCGUGACCAUGACCCGCAAAGACCUGGGUCACAACGUCCUGGAGGUGGAGCACUCAGAGGGCAUCGAGCGCUGGCUGGUGGUCAAAACCACUUUGUAUCCUAAAAAGGUCAAACAGGAUGUUGAGUCGACUGAGCUGGCUCUGGCCUUCCAGCUCGGCAGCAGCCCGCCAGAAGACGUCGCGUGCCAGCCUCAGAAGCAGCCGGUGUUCGCGUACCUGCCACUGCGCAGUUUUGGCUUCCGCUUCAUUGUCCAAGGAGACUUCGACAUUCCCUCGUCGCGGGAAGACGUGGACAGGGACAGCUCCUGGAACCAGUGGCUGCGGUCUGAAAUCCCACAGCUGUUCCUGCAGGCCAUGGAGGUCUUUUCUGAUCACUCAGAGUUCAAGGGGCUAAAAGGACUCUGCCGCUUCCUGCAGUUCAUACCCCUCCCUGAUGAAGUUUUGGACUUCUUCAAGCCUGUUGCCGGACAAAUUAUACAGCUGUUGAAGGGCAAGGCCUUCCUACCGACACGUAACUCAGACGGUGGCGUCGUGUACAAACUGCCGUCUCAAGUGGCCAUCUGUCAGGACGCCGUGAUCCGCAGCGUGAUUGGCAGCGACGAGCUGGAAAAGUAUCUGUCUCUGUCCUAUCUUCAUCCAGAUCUGAGUCCGACUCCUCCCACCUCCCUGCUCACUCACCUGGGAGUCCGAUACCUGCGGGGGUCUGAUGUAACCACGGUAACCACAGCCAUGGCAAAGGAACUGCUGAAAGCAGGGGGCUUUCAUGAAGAGGAGAACAUCCAUCAGCUGGCCAGGUUGCUGGUCUGCAACUUCCGAGCCAUGGAGCAUGGCUACGGAGAUGCAGAAUCCAUCCUGCAAAACCUCAAAGAUCUCCCCAUAAUCCCUCUGGCAGAUGGAAGCGUGGUGUCUCUAAAUGGGGAGGGAGUGUUCUUCCCCGUGGAAGAAGCUAAGACAAAGAAAAAGAAAGCUCAGGGUCAGACAGGAGCAGUUUCGGCCCUGUACCAGGACGUCAGCGUUGUUCACCCAUCCCUGCUGAGCUGUUUGGAGCCUCUGGAAAGCCAGCAGGUCCGAGAGCUGCUGAAAAGACUCGGCGUUCAUGAGCUGGAACCACAGGAGCUGCUGGAGCAGCACAUCUACCCCACAAUUAAGAGCAAGAAAUGGAAGUCAAAGCCUGCAGCUGUGGUUGUGAGUUAUUUGGUUUUCAUCAAGCAACACUCGUCGUCCAGCAAGGGGUACGCAGACGUUGCAGUACCCGUCCUCACCUCCAGGGGCUUGUUGUGUCCGGCCACUGAGAGGGUGCACUUUUCCAAGGAGUACAGAAACAUGGACCUGCACGGGACGCUGCCUGGCUGUGAUUGGAUCCUGGUGAGUCCCUGUUAUGUGCAGACGGACGGCGAUGUGGACGGAUGGAGGGAGCUGCUCAGCAGCCUGGGAGUCAGAGAUGGUCUCAUCAUCCGCAAAGAACGACGAGCUCUCACCGCUGAAGAGCUGGCCAACGGUCCCUGGGCAGCUGAAAGAGCUAUGGGCCUCAGCGCGGCCCAGGACUGUCUGCUGGACGAUUACCCCUGUGAGGAGUUCAGGCUCCUGGCCACGGCGCCGCUGUCGGGCUCAGCCCUGCUGCAGCAGAGAACGGCCCUGCUGGAGCUGCUGGAGGCGAACUGGAACACCGGACAUCUUUACUCUCAGUUCCUCACAGCUCAAGUGAUUGACAGCAAUGGGCGACCAAUCAGAAACACCAAGUCCUCCUUCCACCACCUUCUGUGCAGCCUUGAAUGGAUUCCAGCUUAUCGGGAGCAGGAGGGAGAGCAGCAGGAGAAGAAGUGUCUGUGUCCAGGCUCUGUCUACCUGCCGUUACCUGAAGUCACCCGGCUGCUUGGAACUCACGUCUUUUACGUUGACUUAAACUCCAGCGAGUUCAGCAGAGCUCUGGGGAUAAGGGAAGUCAUCUCAGUGGAUGUUCUGAUCCACUUUCUGAAGGAGUGGUGCAUCAAACCUCAGGCCCAGAACCAGGAGCAGCAUCCCGAGCAGGAGUCAGAGGGGGCCAGUUUCACCACAACGGUCCAGCACAUCCACAGCGUCUACUCGUACCUGCAGACACACUGUCCUCAGAACAGCCUGAAGGAGCUGUUCCAGCACACCCCCGCUGUGUUUGUGGAGACCCACAGACGGAACGACAGCUGGUGUUCUGGGCGUUUCUACCACCUGAAGGAGGUGUGCUGGAGUGACACGACCAGCAUGUUCCAGCGUUACCGGCAGCUGACCCGGAGACCAGACAGCGCUGUCCAGGAGCCCAGAGUUCUGGCGUUUUUCUACGGCCCCCUGGACGGCAUGAAGAACUUCUUCACCAGACUGCUGGAGGUGAACUCCAGCCCCACCAUAGCCCAGUAUGUCAGUCUGCUGGAAGCCAUCUGCUCUUCGUCCACCACACCGACCGCUGAAAUGCUGCAAGACGUGUCGGUGCUCUAUGCCAGACUCGCUCAGUUAUGCAAAGACCAGGAAAAUGCCCACGAGCUCAAUCAAGGUUACUGCUCCACUCUGAGAGGCAUGCUGUCUAAGAAGAGGGUCUUCCUCACCAAGGAGAACAGCUGGGUGAGUCUGGCUCGUGAACCCCUGAUCAGUGACAGGAAAGAGCUGGAGAAGAUCUUCAGAGCCGAGCCGAGUCUCUGUCUGCUCCACCUGCCGCCGGCGGAGAAGAAGGUCGUCUCCAGGAGUAAGACAGAUCUCAAAAGUGCAAAGUAUCCAGCCGAAGAGGCGGCCUUCAGCGAGUCGGACAGACUGCUGUUUUUGGAGAUCUGUGGCGUCCGCCGGCUGUCCCAGUGCGUCACACAUGAGCCUCAGACCGAGAAUCUGAGGCCCUGUCCGUCCAUGCAGGCCCUGGUGCGUGCCGUCAUCCCCUACAUCCAGAGGUUUCUCUUCCACCGCAGUGAGCUGUCGGAGCUUUAUCGGAAGCUGAGCAAGAGGAGGAUAGCAGAGAGAAUUAAGUCCCUUUCCUUCAGCCAGGUGGGAAAGCUUUACAUCGUGUACCGGCUGAAUGUCGCAGAGAAAGAGGUGAUAGAGACUCAGGAUGUCAUCUGUCUGCUGAAGGACGACAAGGAGCUUUACAUUCAAAAAGACCACCUCUCUGCCAAGCUGGAGAUCUGCAGGGAGCUGGUGAAACUUUUCUGUACUGAAGAAAGCCACAAGAAAGAACUGCAGCCAUUUUUAAACACCCUGGUGAAUCUGGUGACUAUUUCUGGGAACUCAAAGGAGCUGACCAGGUUCCUGACGUCAGAAGACGUUGGAGAGCUGCCCCCCGAUGAAGAGAAGUGGGAGGUACCAGAACCUGCCGGUGCAGAGGCGAUCCUGGAAAAUGGGUUGUCCAGUCUCUCCUCCAGGAGCUCCUUGGAGGAUUCAAACUUUAUUGCCCAACCAGAUGGAGAGCGAACACUGGCCUGCUGGCCCCCCCGGGCACCUAUGCAGAAAGGAGGGAGCCAUGCUGGUGUGGCGGACAGCAGUGCGGUCGACGCCAUCAUGCAGAUGUGGCCUCCUCCCGCUGCUCCCCAGGAAAAAGACCUGAAGGAGGAGGCUGGCCCCAGGUCAGAGUUUCUGCCCAGAAGCGGCAGCACCAUUGGGCUUCCAGACCAGCCAGAACCUGAGAGAGCCGUGAGCCAUUCCAGGCCGCCUCCAGAUCCCAGGACACAGAGCGACACCCCCAGGUCCCGCGGAGCUGAGACCGGACAAGAGACGGCGGCGCCUUUUCCGCCAUCUGCACAGCCAGCUCAGGCAUCCGGCGCCCAGCCGGCUCCAAGCGACCUAGCCCCCCCCGAGCCCGUGGUGCUGUCCGGAACAUUCCAGGGGACGUCAGGUCAAGACAGCGAAACAGAGCGUCCGCCGGUCACCCUGAAGUUUCCCCUCUGGACCGACGCCCAGCCUGGCCAGGCGGCGCUGGAGGACGUGGAGCUCAGCUGUCAGAGGCCGGACACUGUGGUGCUGACUGAAGACUUCCGCAAUUUGAAAGCCAUUGGGGAAUGGGGGGAGCAGCUGGUCUACUCCUUCCUGUGUCACUGGAGAGACGGCGCUGACCCCGGGCGGCCCACCCAUGUGCUGUGGUGCAACCAGAGUGGAGAGAGCGGCCGGCCCUACGACUUCAGACUGAGCUUUGGAGCGACCGGCGAGCAGGAGGAGGUGUUUGUGGAGGUCAAGUCCACUGUCAGGAAGGAGAAGACCUUCAUCCAGCUGUCCGUCAACGAGCUGGAGUUUGCACUGAAAAAGAAGGAGUGUUACCACAUAUUCCGAGUGUACAGCGCAGGAGACGCUCAGAACGUCCGCCUGUGCCGCAUCAGGAACCUGGCACACCAAUUGCACACCAAGACACUGCCGUUCUACCUGUUCGUGUAGCUGUGCAGACGCCAGAGGCGGCGUCCGUGAUCACUGCUUCCCUCUGUUCACUUCGUUUUAACAUUUGAAUUCUUAGAUGAACUGACUUCACUUUACUGAAGGAUUCUUUUUAAUUAAAAUGCUGUCUCUGCUGCA